AUGCGCUCCACCGCCGGUGGCGGCCUACAGCGCAGCACGACGCGCGCGAGCCAGCACGCAGCGAUCCCGAUCGGCUUCCGCACACUCUCGAUCCAGGUUGAGGAGACGCAGGACGCGCAGCGCCGCAAGUUCGCUGCAGUCUCGGCCAAGCAGGGCAAGCGUAAGGACGCUGAGCCAGGCGCCGCGGACGCUGAGUACUUCUCGACGCUCGACUACCACACGCUGCCCGCCAAGCAGGUCUAUGACGGCCUCAACGUUCACCCGGACCACGGCCUCGACGGCGCAGCGGUCAGCAGGCGCUUGCAGCGCGAUGGUCCCAACACGCUCGUCGCCAAGCGCCCCAACUACCUCAUCAAGUUGGCCAAGUAUGUCUUUGGCGGGUUCUGCUCGAUUCUGUGGGUCGGUGUCGUGAUCUUCUUCAUCAGCUGGCGUCCGCUCGGGGAUCCCAAUCCCCAAGCGUACAAUCUAGCACUGGCCAUCCUCGUCAUUCUCGUCAUCAUCCUCCAGGCCAUCUUCAAUGCAGGUCAGGACUGGUCAACAGCCCGUGUGAUGAAUAGCAUCAAGUCGCUGCUUCCCGCCGACGCCGUCGUCAUCCGCGAUGGGCAAAAGCAGACGAUCAAGGCGUCCGAGCUCGUCGCUGGCGACCUCGUCGUGCUCACGCAGGGCGUGCGCGUCCCCGCGGACAUUCGCCUGCUUGCUGUCUCGGAUGACCUCUCCUUCGACCGCGCCAUCCUCACCGGCGAGUCUGAGGAAGUCGCCGGAACUGUCGAGACAGACGAGAAGAGUUUCCUCGAGGCGAAGAACAUCGCCUUCCUCGGCUCGCACGUCGCCAGCGGCUCCGGAACCGGUGUCGUUGUUCUCACCGGCCCGCGCAGCGUCAUGGGCCGCAUCAACAAGCUUACCAACACUGGCGUUACGAAGAAGACGAGCCUGCAGCGCGAGAUCGACCGCUUCGUGCUCAUCAUCAUCGGCCUCACUGUCACGCUCGUCAUCAUCAUGCUCGUCUUCUGGCUCGCAUACCUGCGCAGAGAACAUGCAGGCUUCCUCAACGUCGUCGGCAUCCUCACCAACCUCAUGUCUCUCGUCGUCGCCUUCAUCCCCGAGGGCAUGCCCAUCGGGGUCGCACUGACGCUCAGCUUGAUCGCCCGCAGGAUGAGGGACCAGCGAGUUUUGCCAAAGUCGCUGUCCACCGUCGAGACUCUCGGAUGCAUCACCAUGCUGCUGAGCGACAAAACCGGCACGCUCACAGAGAACAAGAUGACCGUCACCACGAUCUACUGCGGAGGCGAGAUGUUCGACGCCAGCCUACCUGCUGACGACGCGCACAAGUCUUCCGCCGCCUACGCCUCCUUUGAACGCGCCAUGGUGCUCUGCAACGACGCUUUCUUCGAGACCAAGGCUGGCGAUGAGGGCGACGAGGAGGAGAAGGCCGAGGCAGCGAUCGUCGUCGCCAAGGGCAACGCCACGGACUGUGCGGUGUUGUACUACGCGUCCCAAUCGGCGGAUUACGACCGCAUCGCCGAGCGCUAUGAGCGCCGCUUCCAGAUCCCGUUCAACUCGAAGAACAAGUUCAUGAUGACAGCGCAUGUCGACGCUAGCGUUGCAGAUGUGAGCAAGCGCGGCCAGACGGUCGUCCUGUUCAAGGGUGCCCCCGACAUUCUGCUUGCCAAGUGCGCAGUGCCAGACGACGUCCGCCAGGCGAUUGAAGCAGCGCAAGAAAGCAUGUCGGCGCAAGGCCAGCGUGUCAUCCUCCUCGCCGAGAAGCCAGCCACGGACGACUCGUGGCCGUCGGAGCAGGACACAGCCGCGUUGCGCGACCUUGUCUUCCUCGGCCUGAUCGGCAUCGUCGACCCGCCUCGCUCCGACAUUCCGCAUACCGUCUCCGAGGUCCGUCGCGCCGGCUGCCGCUUCGCGAUGGUCACAGGCGACUUUGUCACCACUGCCACAGCCAUCGCACGCCAGUGCGGUAUCGUCACGACUACCUCUGUCUCGCGCCUCGCGUCCAUCCCCGCCGACGUCGAUGUCGAUGCGCCCGGCGGGUUCGAGCUGCCGCAUGCGCUCACGAUUGAGGGCAAGGAAAUCCCCGCGAUCACCCAGGCGCAGUGGGACGUCAUCACGCGUGUUGAGGAACUCGUUUUUGCGCGCACCACGCCCGAGCAGAAGCUCGCCAUCCUCCGCGAGUUUAAGGAUCGUGAAUAUAUCGUCGCCAUGACCGGCGACGGCACCAACGACUCGCCUGCGCUGAAAGCGGCCGACGUCGGCAUUGCCAUUCUCGGAGGGAGCGAUGUUGCCAUCGAGGCUGCUGACUUGGUCCUCAUGGGAGACUUUUCGUCCAUCAUCCCGGCGAUGCGCCAAGGUCGUGUCUGCUUCCAGAACUUGCAAAAAGUCAUUGUAUACCUCCUUCCUGCCGGUAGUUGGUCAGAGGACUGGCCAGUCGUCUUCAAUGUCUUCUUUGGCGUUCCACUUGCGCUGAGCUCAUUCCUCAUGAUUAUUAUUUGCUGCUUCACCGACCUGGCAAGCUGCCUAACGUUGAUCAUGGAGCAGGAGGAGUUCGAUCUGCUGUCGCUACCGCCGCGAUCUCGCAAGGACCAUCUAGUCAACUUGGCUAUCUACGGCCAGGCGUACUUCUUCAUCGGUACCAUGUUCACGCUCUGUGCUCAUUCAAUGUUCUUCCUCUACAUGUGGCAAGAAGCACGUAUCCCGCCACAUGCGCUCUUCUUCGCUUACGAGAAGUACGGAGACGGUUUCUACGGAUACACGGCGGAUCAGCUCACAGCAUUCAAUGCCACGGGUCAAUGCUGUUACUUUGUCUGCCUUGUCAUCAUGCAGAUGUUCCACUUGCUCUCCGUUCGCAACAAGAAGUUGUCCAUACUCCAAGCGGACCCGAUCCGUCCAGCGCGCCGCAACCUCUGGAUCUUCCUCGGAAUCUUUAUCUCGCUUGGUAUCGCCAUCUUUGUCGUCGAGGUACCCGGAAUCCAGACUUUGUUCGGGACUGCCUCCAUUCCGAUCCGCUUCUGGCUCAUGCCCAUCCCUCUUGGACUCGGCGUGCUAAUCGUCGAUGAAGUACGCAAGCUGCUGGUGCGCACUUUUCCGAAGGGGCCCAUCGCAAGGAUCGCCUGGUAG